AUGAGGCUUGGCGUUAUCCUGCAAGAAUAUCACUUUCUUCCGAUUGAUCAAAGAAACUGUUUCUGGAUGAGUGCUGCUUGUACUCGUUGAAACUGCUCACAAUACAAGUUAGCAGUGAUGGUUUGACCCCUUUCCAAAAACUCAUAAUGGACAGUUCUAGUUGCUAUCCACCAAACACACAACAAAACCUUCUUUGGGUGCAAGGAAACCUUGGGCGCGUGUGGUACCGAAUCAGUAGGCGACAACCAAUGAUACGAACGCUUAUAAUUCGAAUACGAGAUCUAUUUUUCAUCGCAGGUUAAUAACCGACUGAGAAAUGGUUCAUUAGCGUUCCGUGAAAUAUUUGCUGAACAAAUGGUAAGACGACUUAAUUUCUGAUGAAGAUGCAAACGAAUAGUUUCAGGACUCACUCUGAACAUUUCUGCAAGUUCUUGGCAUGUUGUACUGGAAUUUGCGUCCACAACCUGUAGAAGAUCCUCGUUGUUCAUGAUGUUUGCUCUCCCUGAGCGCG